CUUUUUCAGUGAAUCGCGACAGGGCUGCAGCGAGGAGGACAGCGGCGGCUCCUGAAGCAGGCAGAAACACUGCGAUACAGCGGGCAAAAAGCAUUUCUUCAUAUCUUUCAUAAUGAUGAAGAUCAUCUUUCUGCCAUGCUUAUUGGGUCUUCUCUCUCUUUCCCUUGCUCAACAGUCUGACACCGAGGAAGGUGGAGCUGAGGAUGAGGUGGUCGACCUCUUCACUACACCUCGCACUAAACUUGGUGCUGCAACCUCAGACUUUGGUUACAAUCUGUUUCGGGCGCUGACUGCCCGUGACCCUGCGGCCAGCAUCCUCCUGUCACCCAUGAGCAUCUCAGCUGUCUUUACACAACUCUCCAUGGGAGCAUCUGAGCGCACAGUGAGGCAGCUGAACCGUGUCCUGCGCUACCACAACCUGAAUGACCCGCAGCUUCACGACACUCUCAAAGACCUCCUGGCUUACCUCCGCGCCCCCGCCAAGGGCUUCAACUCUGCAGAGCGCCUUCUCAUGGGGAAGAGACUCCGCCCUAACUUGGAAUACCUCAAUAGUGUACAGAAACAGUAUGGGGAACGUCCCCAAAUUCUCAUGGGUGGGCCUCGGGAGAUCAAGCCUAUUAAUGAUUGGUUCAAACAGCACACAGGGGGAAAAGUGGACCGUGUUCUUGGAGCUGCUCUUCCACGUAAUCCUUCAGUGGUACCUGUGGGAGCAGCCUAUUUUAAAGGAAAAUGGAAGACCAGGUUCAGCCAGGCUGAUAAGAAGGAGGAGUUCCAGUUGGAUGGACAGUCUCCAGCUACCAUUUCCAUGAUGAAACAGGAUCAUUACCCAGUAACGAUGGGCAUCGACUCAGACCUUGCUUGCACGAUAGCACAAAUCCCCAUGGAGGAUGGAGUAAGCAUGUACUUUUUCCUGCCGGAUGAUGUAACUAAGAACUUGACUCUGAUCGAGGAAGCGCUGACAGCCGAGUUUGUGCAAGACCUGGCUAACACUCUCCACCCAGUACAGGUUCAACUCACACUACCAGUACUCAAACUGGGAUACAGCACCGAGCUCUUGGGUCCGCUCUCUGACAUAGGGUUGUCCGAUUGGGUCAAUGACCCAGAACUUACCAAAAUCACAUCUCAGCCGGUGAAGCUGACCACAGUCCGUCACAAGGUUGCCAUGGAGACAGCCCCAGAGGGCAGCCAGUACCCCAGCACCGCCUCGGCUCAAAAUGGUCAAUCACUGGGGCUUUCUUACCAUGUGAACCGCCCCUUCAUCUUCUUGGUUCGUGAUGAGCUAUCAGGCGCGCUCCUGUUCAUCGGAAAGGUACUCAACCCACGUGACCUGGCGAGCGCAUGAAAACGGCAUACAUGCAUGCGCACAGAUUGGUAAUGAUAUAUGUCAGUGUACUACAGAGCUGCAGGCUUCUAUACUAACAUCAGGCUUACGAUUGAACUCCUUCAAAGCUCCCCAAAAAAAUACUAGUGCGCACAUCUAUUUUUUAACCUGUCCACAGUGCAUGAAUAGCCACAGGUUAAUAUGUAAAGCUUAUUCAAGAAACAGAGAUACAAUCCGAUUACUUCACAAUGUCUUUAUCAUCAAUGCCAAAGCUACGGAUAUGCACAACGUCCAAAAAAGUUCAAUCUUCAGAUGAUCUUGAUGAGUGGAUUUGUGUUCUAGGUUUUAUGUGUUUAUUUGUAACAGCCAUAUGUGCAUAAAACUGCAGAAUACUUUAAUGCUCAUGGAUCACCAGACAUCUUUGCAAGAGAUUUCAAACAUGUCAGAUGAACAGUGCAUUUAAAUAGUAGCUUCUUAAUAGAAAGUAUUUGGAUUCUGUAUUUAAGUACUUUGCUAAUUAUUGUCAGUUAAAUGUAAGGCAUGCAUGACUUCUUUUUAUCAGUUGGCCAUUGUGUUUGUAUAUUUACCAGCAGAAAUAAUCUGAAUUUGUAUAGUAAGAUAAAUAAAAAAAAAUUACAAAACA